UGUCCACUCAUGGCAACUGAGCGGUGGACCCGCAUCAGGAUCAAACGCAUUUCUACCGUUUAGCAACCAAAAUGAGCACAUUACUACACGUUUAUGUUGGUUUAAGAAGUUGAGCAACAUUUUUGGAAGCCACGUACUGGUCCAAACGCUGCCCGCGUUGUUGGAUGUCACUGUCAGAGUUUGGGCGCGCCUAAACUGGGAGUCAUUAGUCAUCGAUGCUAUGAGAAAGGAUGGAGAGCUGCACACAUGUUUUCCAGAUCUCUGGGAUCAAAACCAAAGAUAAGAAGAGAGCUCUGGUGCAGGGAAUCCUACAGCUGGGUGGCAAAUACAUUGGUGGCUCAGUGUAUCACUACGGCAGCACCCAUCUCAUUAUCCCUCAGGUUUUGUCCAGCGAGAAGUUUUUGGCAGCCUGUGCUGCAGGAAAGUGGGUUGUGACUCCGGGCUAUGUGCUGGACAGUGUUAAGAAUGGUUCCUGGCUUCCAGAGGGCCCCUAUGAAGUGACCAUUUCCACCGGUUCCACUGCUGCCUUCUACCCUGCCAGACAGUGGAGAGAGAAAGUGUCCAGUGGGCGGCUAAAAGGAGCCUUCCAGGGCUGGAGGGUUCUCUUGAUGGUACAAGAGCCCACCCGGAGAGCCAUGUUCAAACGGCUGCUGAAUGCAGGGAUGGCCAAAGUGUACCACUGCCCACUCCCCUCUCAUGCCUCCAUCACUCAUGUUAUGGCUAAACCUGUUACAGAGAACUCAAAAUCCCACAAUGCUCCUUGCUACCCUGUGAGCCACAUAGUCCAGCACCUCUUUGGGCAGAGCAAUCAUGUGGAAAAGAAUUUCCACAUGACAGAGGAUCACCCAACAGAGACGGAGGCCAGAUUUGUUGAUGUUGAUUUCUCUAACUUGGAGGCAGAAAUCAAGAACUGUGUAAUCAAACAGGAGGGCCAGCCAAGACUGUGCUUCCUUGAAUUUCUGGGUUACCAUGACCCUUAUCGUCCCCAGUCACAGGCAACAGAAACAGAUUUCAGCAAUGCCGGUAGUAUGAUAGAGUGUGGUCUCUUCAUUGAAGCCUUGGAGUCAAUCAGAAGCGCUGUGUUCCCAGGCCUGCUUCCACCAGCGCCGUACCUGAUCUCCCUCUUAGAGUAUGCACAGCAGGGUAGUGCCACAUCUGUCUUCCUGAGAAAUUUCCAGCAAGUCAUGGACAAACUGCUCCUCACCAACCCUCCAUGGUUGGCUCCCAGCUCAGUGAAAAAAUAUUUUACUCAAGUGUUACAGUGUCCUCAGUGCAAAAGUGGCUUGUGGCCUUUUCUAGAGACCGCCAUCAGGUACUGCCUGUCCAGCGAGGUCACAUGCCACCCACUCCCUGGACCUGCCCUGCCAACACUGUUACAUUUCCACUGUGGCAUCCUGGCACUUGCCCUCAAGCUCUUCCAGGGAGAACUCCACUCCGUCACUGCUGGAGACUUCAUGCUGCCGAAGGGAACAAGAGUCUCUCCAGCAUCAGGCUCUUUGCUGUAUGGAACCUUUUGGACUGUGUGGGAGCGCUCUACUCUGCUGUCGUCUGCUGUGAAACAGCUAGCUCAGCUCUUGAUACAGGCUGCCAUGGAGGACUAUGCUGAGAGGGAUGAGAAGCAGAAGCUGCAUUUGGCCGACACCCUGCUGGACCUCCUGUCUGUGUUGGUGGAGUUCUGGUGUCAGCAACACUUCAAACUGAACCAGAUCCUCGUGGAAAAAGGCCUGAAAGACCUCUCAGAGCACCUCGCUGUUAUAAGCCAGGAUGUAGCUCCAGUUGUUUUGGUUGAACUGGUUGUCAGAGUUCGCUCUACCAGGCUAAAGUUGAUGAUGGCUGAUGCCAUAUUCAGGAGUCUCUGUUGCAAAAAUGGUGUCACUAUGGGAGAUGAACCGCUCUCUCUCAAGAAAAUGGUGCUUUCCUACCUGCCUGUUCUGGGAAGUUUAGCUCAGAGUCCCAGCGGUACUCGCCUCAGGACUGGACCCACCUCGAACAGCUGCACUAGUCAGGGGACCAACUGCAGAACUCAGAACUCUUUGGUGACUGAAACAAGCGCGGAGAAGGAGAACAUCCCCAGAGGUUUGAACAGAGUCAACGCAGCAGGAGAGACCCUCCUCCACAGAGCUUGCAAGAGGAACCAAGUGGAGACGGUGCUACAGAUCCUGGCGCUUCCUGGCACAGACGUCAAUGUUAAAGACCAUGCAGGCUGGACACCUCUGCAUGAAGCGUGCAACCACGGCAGCACUCAGUGUGUGGAAGCUUUGCUGCAUCACCGUCCUGCCCCUGUGCUUAUUAACCAGGUGGGUGGAGUGAGUCCGCUGCACGAUGCCCUGCUCAACGGACACAUGGACAUUGCCAAAAUGCUGCUGGAACAUGCAGGCUCAGUUCUCCUCCGGCAGACUGAUAAUGACGGUCGGGUUCCACUGGAUCUGGUCCCUGCACCAAGUCAGAGGGAGGAGCUCUUGCACAGCGCGCAGGUCGGAGACUCGACCCUGAAAAACACAGUGACCGAGGUCUCGAAUCUUCCCCUCCUGGAGGCUGGAUCCUCUCUGCUGGCCCACCUCAUUUUCUCCUACCAGCAGGAGAGGGGCUUGCCUGGUCACACGCAACCCGGCGACAAGCCUCGCAGCCUGGUCUGCAAGAUGGUCAGAGCCCUGGAGACGCAUUCCUUCCAAAAAGUGACUUUGGGCUGGACGGACCAGCGGGCAGUGAGGAUGGUGGAAGACGUGGAGACGCUGUUGGAGCUCGGCCAGGGGAAGCACCAGGGGCAGGUGUCUCAAGCUGUGAGAGAGUGUAGAGGAGAGAACACGCAGUUCCUGAUGGAAAUACUGGAGGAUCUCAGGUCUCGAGGAGAAGCACUAGUAGCCGACUUGUGACAACACACACAGAUAAAGACGAGAAUACACAACCUAUAUUUGAAUGUUAACAAAAUGGAAAAUGCGUCACUGUUACAUGGUCAUAGUUCACUAAGGCCUUAAAAUAUCUAAAUAGGCAUCCAACACCUUUUCCUCCUUGGAUGUAAAAUAUUGUAGAAGUUGGAUGUAUAUUAAUUUCUCCAAAGAUACCGCUUUAUACUCUCUUGAUACUGACAUGGUUCAGUUAUAUUUUGAUACUUUAUUUUGGUUCAAAAUGUUUUGCACUUGGCGAGUAUUUUUGAGAUGUACAAGUAUGUUUAUGUUGAACAUUCUUAGUUUUUCACAGCAGACUGUCACUACCUCACAUUUUGCUUUUCUAUAGCAACUUCACUUAUAGUUGUCUUUUUUUGUUGAUUUUUUAUGAUGACUAUUUAAGACAAAAUAAAUGAAAAUACAUUAGUUAAAAUUA